CCCGUAAUGACCCUUGGCGUGGUAUUGGGAAUAUUGCAGCCUACACUUAGCCUCAUCCACUUUUACUCCUCUCAUACCCCAAGCCUUUUGAUCUGCGCCCACAUUCCACCCACUCGUCGACGAGACUAACACGAGAAAUAGACGGACUCAUCCCUCGGUCAACGCUGUUCACCUGGUCGGUUCUUGGGACAAUUUCGGUAAACCUUAUACAAUGGAGCGUGACGUCAGACGCGACAGAGGCCAGUGGAAGGGAUGUUACACCUUCAAGGAUAUCAUCUGCGAUGGUGACUCUGGCCGAACCCCAAAACGGAACGGCGGCUUGAAGAUGGGCCAGACAUAUUACUUUUAUUACGAGCUAGAUGGCGCCGCUGAGACACAUGAUCCUACUCUUCCCUCAACAAAUAACUGUCCAUAUCUACCCGGCCAGACUGUCAACACUCUCUAUGUUCCUGUCGAGCAUACCCUCAGGAACCGCAGCGCAUCCACCACCUCCCUUCGCGAGGAAAACUACAUGACCAUGAAUCCCGCCGACAGAUACAACACGCCGCAACCCACCGUCGCCUCAUUAAUGGACGCUGCUUCCCGUGCCGCCACCGCCCCUCUACCUGAGCUCAAGCGCUCUUCCAGGUCUAUUUCACCGGGCUCCAGCUGGUUCUCGCCACGUAGGCUGUUCGGUCGCAAGCAAAGUUCUUCCUCCCUGCCGGAGAUCAGGCUGCCAACACCUACCGAUGAUACUCGGAGCAUCAGGUCAUCCGGGUCAAGCAGGUCCAGGGACAUGUCGCCCGAGUCGCUUCGCCGGUUCCUGUCCAAUGAUGAACUACCCGAAGAGGAGUAUCAGACAGUGGAACGUCCGGCCAUCACCAUUCCUGAUGAUAUCGUCGAGGAGAACGAAGAUGACGACAUGUUCGCCACAUCUGCUGUGUCGGAAUACAUGCAGUUCACCGGCCUCUCCCCUCCGCCAUCCCAACGAUCGCUUACCCCUUCUCCGCCUGUCAAAAGCGGCGAGGCUCUUACACCCACUAUGGCCCUGACCAGGUGCCCUUCUACGAUGCCCUGCCUCGAUCUCUCGGUACCUAAGCUGUCUCUCGUCGACACCAGCUCACCUCAGUCCUCGGCCGACUCGCCUCCCGCCUUCUACCACUCCGAUGACGAUGAGGAGGAUGAGACCCUCGACGAGGACCUCCUUCCCCUUCCCAUGCUUGACUACAGCACGGCCCGCAAGGCUUCCGCCGGUUCAGUCGGGAGCACCCUCUCCACCUACAGCCUGCCCCAGUCUUCGCCCCAAGAAGCAAAGGGGUCCAAGUCUCUCAUGGUCCCCAGGAUCGAGACCAGCAUUCCCGUCUCGCACACUUCCUUCCUUAACAGCCCUACCCCCAACUCGGGUCUUGAGGACUUGAUGACUGAGCUGGGCUGGAUGGCUGAUGCCAUUCGUGGUUAAGCUUUACCAAAAUAUUCAAACGAUCGCUAUGCGCAUACUGCGCACACAUACUAUUACACCAUAAUGUUUUGUCUCAACAAUCGUUCAACAUUUCAUACGUCUCCAUCUCAAUCUAUCUAGCAUUUUCGGCGGGCAUUCAAAAUGGGGUAUACUACACUACACUACACUACACUACAAUACUAUCGCUCAAGCAAUCAAGCA